AUGACAGCAGUUCCACUAAGGAAUAUUCGUUCGAUUCUAACAUGUCAACGUCAUCUUCGCUGCUUGCAACAGCAACGACGACAUGCAGUAACAGUGACGGAUGAAUAUCGACCAUCAACGAAAUCACGUUCGUCACUGAAAGGUGUAGAAUUACUUCGAAAUCCGGGCUUGAAUAAAGGCAUGGCAUUUACAUUGGAAGAAAGACAACAUAUGGGUAUUCAUGGGCUACUUCCACCAGCUGUCCUUUCUCAAGAUAUUCAAGCGCUUCGUGUUAUGAUCAAUUUCCACCGAAUGAAUAAUGAUCUGGAUCGUUACUCCGAAUUGAUGAAUCUCUCGGAACGAAAUGAAAAAUUAUUCUAUCGAGUUAUUGCAGAUAAUCCCGAAGAGCUUAUACCUAUUGUCUAUACACCAACAGUUGGUCUUGCUUGUCAAAAAUAUGGCUUAGUGUUCAAACGACCACGAGGAUUAUUUAUUACAAUACAUGACAAAGGUCAUAUCUAUGACAUUCUUUGCAAUUGGACGGAACAACAUGUGAAGGCAAUUGUCGUCACUGAUGGCGAACGUAUAUUAGGUUUAGGUGAUCUCGGAGCGUUUGGAAUGGGUAUCCCGGUGGGUAAAUUACAACUAUAUACAGCAAUCGCAGGUGUUCCGCCUCAGGACUGUCUGCCUAUCAUGUUAGACGUGGGUACUAACAAUGAAGAAAUAUCAGCUAAUCCAUUGUAUAUUGGAUUGAGACAAAAGCGAGUCACGGGAAAAGAAUACGAAGAGUUUCUUGAUGAAUUUAUGGAAGCUGUUGUACAACGAUUUGGCUGGAAUUGUCUUGUGCAAUUUGAAGAUUUUGCUAGUCAGAAUGCUUACCGAUUGUUAGAACGUUAUCAAAAACAGUAUUGCACGUUCAAUGAUGAUAUUCAAGGCACGGCAGCUGUCGUUCUCUCGGGUCUUUUUGGCGCACUUCGUAUUUCUGGUAAAAAGCUAAAUGAAAAUACAUUUCUCUUUGUUGGUGCUGGUCAAGCUGCAUGUGGCAUUGCUGAUCUAAUAACACACGCAAUGAUUCGCGAAGGUGCUUCAGAAGAAGAAGCACGAAGUAAAAUUUGGAUGUAUGAUGUACACGGUUUGAUAGUAGACAGUGGAAUAAAAAGUCGACCUCAAGGAGAUUUAGAUGGACCUAAAGCUCCUUAUGUGAAGAAAGGUAAACCGAUUAAAGAUCUGACUCAAGUCGUAGAUUACGUGAAACCAACGAUUCUACUCGGUGCCAGUGGAGUAGGACGUUUAUUUCAUGAGGGAGUUUUGAAAAAGAUGGCCGAUAUCAACGAACGACCAGUCAUCUUUGCUUUAUCUAAUCCAACUAGCCGUGCUGAAUGUACUGCUGAAGAAGCUUACCGUGAAACUGAUGGACGAUGUAUUUUUGCAUCGGGUAGUCCUUUUAAAGCGGUGACCUAUAAGGAUAAAACGUUUCAUCCAGGACAAGGCAAUAAUGCUUAUAUAUUUCCAGCAGUGGCUCUAGCAACAAUCGCAUGUGCAGCUCGACAUGUAGAAGAAGAUAUGUUUUUGAUAGCAGCACAGAAACUCGGUUCAUUAGUAAGUCAAGCGGAUUUGGACGAAGGUCGUGUUUAUCCACCUGUCCCAACUAUACAUGAAGUCACAGUUAAGAUAGCUGCACAUCUGGCUGAACAUCUAUACAAGACGAAAAAGGCCUGGAAUUAUCCGGAACCUGAAAAUAAAGAAGAAUUCAUACGUAUGCAAUUAUACGAUACUUCUUACGAAUAUUUCGGACCGAAAACUUGGCAAUGGCCGGAGCAACACAGCACAUCCCGAACAGUCCCUACCAUGGAUGAAAACAUCAUUCUCGACGCAUAA